GUCAGGGAUCGAGGGGUGGGGAAAGGCACUGAGGCAGAAGUGGGCAGGCUGUGUUUGUACGGGAAUAUAACUAACUUUCCCUCGAGGAAAGGCCUUAUUUCAUCAGUCGCCGUUAGGCUACUGUCGCGGUCUGAAGAUUAACGGAACCGAACAUGAGAGAAGUUUUGAUCUUUCUCGUGUUUUUGUUUGCGACCUUUUCUCCGCUUCACUGCAAUCAGCAGCAGGGCUUGAUCCCCGAGGGAGAUCUUCUAGUGCUGACUGUAGCCACGCAGGAGACUGAUGGCUUCAGACGUUUUAUGAGAUCCGCAAAACUCUUCAAUUACACCAUCAAGGUUCUCGGAAGGGGGGAAACAUGGAAAGGUGGAGAUUACAUGUCGCCUCCAGGUGGAGGGCAGAAAGUGCGCCUGCUGAAGUCUGCUCUGGAGGACAUACAUGAGGAGAACAAAGUCAUUCUUUUUGUGGAGAGCUAUGAUGUAAUCUUUUCUUCUGGUCCAAAAGAGCUGCUGAAGAAGUUUCAGCAGGCCAAACACAAAGUUGUGUUUUCUGCCGAGACGCUCAUCUGGCCAGACCGUCACCUGGAAGACAAACAUCCUCAUGUCAGGGAAGGGAAGAGGUUCCUUGGAGCAGGAGGCUUCAUUGGUUAUGCACCCAACCUUAAAGAGAUGCUUUCUGACUGGUCAGGAGCAGAUAGUGACAGCGACCAACUCUUUUUCACCAAGAUAUAUAUCAACCCAGAGAAAAGAAAGUCCAUAAAUAUAACUCUGGACAACAAGUGCAGAUUGUUCCAGAAUCUUCAUGGAGCUCUGGAUGAAGUCGUGCUGAAGUUUGAAGAUGGACGUGUGCGAGCCAGAAAUGUCCUUUAUGACACUCUACCCGUUAUUAUACAUGGCAACGGACCCACCAAACUUCAGAUAAACUACCUAGGGAACUAUAUCCCAAAUCUGUGGACAUUUGAGACUGGCUGCAAAAUUUCUAAUGAGGAUCUGCGUCCGCUUUCUGGACUCCAGGAGAGUGAAUAUCCUGUUGUGGUCAUUGGGGUCUUCAUCCAGCAGGCCACCCCCUUCGUCACUGUGUUCUUUGAGCGCUUACUUAACCUCAAAUACCCCAAAAACCGGCUCAGAUUAUUCAUUUAUAAUCAGGAAUCACACCACGAACAACAAGUGCUUACAUUUCUAAAGCAUCAUGAGUCUGAAUAUCAGGGUGUGAAGCUGAUUGGACCAGAGGAGGAUAUAGAUCCUGUGACCUCACGUAAUAUUGGCUUCGAUAUGUGUCGAGACGACAUUGACUGUGAGUACUUCUUCAGCAUAGACGUGGAUGUGGUUUUAAAGAAUGAAGACACACUUAAAAUCCUAAUUGAGCUCAAUAAGCCUUUCAUUGCACCAAUGAUGACCAAACCUGGGCGACUGUGGACAAACUUCUGGGGUGCGCUCAGUGCAGAUGGGUACUACGCCAGGUCAGAGGAUUACGUGGACAUAGUUCAAGGACGCCGCAUGGGUUUGUGGAAUGUGCCAUACGUCUCUAACAUAUUCCUGGUAAAAGCGGAUACAUUGAGGACUGACCUCAAAGCUCCUGACCUGUUUGAAUCCGCAACGCUUGAUCCAGAUAUGGCCUUCUGCGCCAACGUUCGGAACAAGGGCAUCUUCAUGUUUGUAACAAAUAUGCACACUUUCGGUCGAGUUUUAUCAACUGACAAUUACCAGACAAAUCACUUGCACAAUGAUCUCUGGCAGAUCUUUGAAAAUCCUGUGGAAUGGGAGGAAAGAUACAUUCAUGAGAAUUAUUCCAAAAUUUUGAGAGAUGGACUUAUAGAAACUCCGUGCCCUGAUGUGUACUGGUUCCCUAUUUUCACCGACGUGGGCUGCAAUCAUCUUGUUGAAGAAAUGGAAAAUUUUGGCCAGUGGUCAGGAGGUGGAAAUGUGGACACCAGGAUCCAAGGUGGAUAUGAAAACGUCCCCACAAUUGAUAUCCACAUGAAUCAAGUGGGCUAUGAAAAAGAAUGGCAAAAGUUCCUUUUGGAUUAUAUAGCGCCUGUCACCGAGAAAAUGUUUCCAGGGUACUACACAAGGGCCCAGUUUGAUCUGGCAUUUGUAGUUCGUUAUAAACCUGAUGAACAGCCUUCGUUAAGACCACAUCAUGACGCUUCCACUUUCACUAUUAAUAUAGCUCUCAAUCAAGUGGGGAUUGAUUAUCAGGGUGGCGGCUGUCGUUUCUUGAGGUAUGACUGCUCCAUUAAAGCUCCCAGGAAGGGCUGGGCGCUCAUGCACCCUGGACGCCUCACUCACUACCAUGAGGGUCUGCCCACCGUAGAGGGGGUUAGAUACAUCGCUGUCUCAUUUGUGGAUCCUUGAACUUCUUUUAUUGGAAUCUUGAAUUUGCUUGGAAUUCAGAAGACUCUUGAGUGCAUAGUCCCACUGGAGGCUAGAAAAAUAAUCAGCAAGAACAUUUUGACGCAGUGCCUUACACUGUGAAUGUGUCAGUGUGUAUAUAUAUUUCCACAUUUUUUGUAACAUAAAGGCAUCUUUUGAUAAUGAUCGAUGAAUGUUGAAAGCAGUUUGACAGAUCACUAUGCAAUGUCAUUUAUAUGUAGUGGCAUUUUACUCAUUUAUUUAUUACCAUUUAUUGAAGGGAGUAUUCCAUACAGACGAUGUGGAUUUCAAUAAUUUAUCUGUCCUUGCUUUGACAUUCACAGGAGUUGUUUUCUUUAUUGAUGCCCUUCAAGCAAUUGGUGCUGCUGUUUGAAAACAGUCUGACAUAUGGUUUGCUUAAUGUCGCUUGUUCUUGUCGUGUUUAUAAAUCAGUCAUGCCAUAAUUUUUUGGAAGAAAACACAAUAAAAACGAGAAAAAAUU